AACAAACAUAACUCUUUAAGAGACGUGAGCUUAACUCGCACUUGUUUUUGGCUCAUUGCUGCUCAUAAAUGCAACUAUUGCUUGUUCUCCCUUCCUCAAACACCGGGUCCGAAAUGGACUUCAACACAAAGAGCACAAAGGUUAUGAAAGCAUGACAGGAUCUGCAGAUGCUUCUGAUUCCAUGUGAUCUAUGACGAGGCAGCGGGGGAACCGGUGGAACCGGAACCGGUGGAACCGGUGGAACCGCUGCUCUGCUGUUUCAUUCCUUCAGUGGGAACAGAGGCUGCCGGCAGCAACAGACUUCAUGUUUUCUCGGGUGUUCGAGGAGAAACGCUCGUCCCUCUUCAGCCGGCUUUGAGAAGAGGAGACGGGUAAACGAUGGAAAGUCCUCUCGAGGAGCCGGGGAGCACCACCCUGACGGAGGUCCGACUCGUCCUGAUCGGUGAACGGUGGUCCGGCAAGAGCUUCUCCGGCAACACCAUCCUGGGGAAGGACGCGUUGGAGUGCGGCCGCGCGCGGACAGCUCACACCGAGGUGAGGCACGCGAGGGCGGAGGGCCGGCGGCUGGUGGUGGUGGACGGCCCCGGGUGGAGCGGCUCCCUCUCCCUCGCCGAGAUCCCCGAGGUCGACAAGCAGCGGUUUAAACUCCACGCCUCCGCGUGCCCGCCGGGGCCCCACGCCUUCCUCCUGGUGGUGCCCCUGGACACGGCCUUCUCGGCGGGGAGCCGGCGGACGGUGGAGGAGCACAUGAAGCUGCUGGGGGAGGCGGCCUGGAGACACACCCUGCUGCUCUUCACCUGCGGGGACUUCCUCCGGAAGAGGACCAUCGAGCAGCACAUCGAGGGCGAGGGAGAGUCGCUCAGGUGGUUGACGGAGAGGUGCGGGAACAGGUUCCACGUGUUCCACAACAAGGAGAAAGGGAACCUCCGUCAGGUACAGGGGCUGCUGGAGAAGGUGGAGGAGAUGGCGCAGCGCUGCGGCUUCUUCCGGCUAGACGAGGCGACGCUGAACGCCGUCAAGGAGAAGCAGCGGGAAGCGGAAGAGAGGGCGAAAGAGAGGAAGAGGAGGGCCGAAGAGCAGAGGAGACAAAGGAGGGAACUCUUUCCAGAAGGGACCAAACCCCUCCCAGAACUCCGCCUGGUUGUCUUGGGGAGCCGCGGCGUCGGGAAAACCUCGGUGGGAAACACAAUCUUUGGGUCCAAAGAGCGAGGAGACGGGCGGAGGACGUCCUGCUCGGCGGCCCGCCGGGGCUUGGUGGGUGGGACCCGGCUCACCGUGGUGGACACGCCGGGCUGGUGGAAAAGCUUCUCUGCGUCCGACACCCCCGAGGCCACCAAGGAGCAGUUGAGGCUCAGCGCCUUCCUCUGCCCCCCCGGCCCUCACGCCUUCCUGCUCGCCAUUGACGCCGACGGCUCGUUUGGCGCCGAGCACCUGCGCGCCGCCGAGUCCCACAUGGAGCUCCUUGGGGGGGCCGCGUGGAGGCGUACCGUGGUGGUCUUCACCCGGGGAGACUGGGUGGGAGGUCGCGGCGUGGAGGUGCACAUCGAAGGGGAGGGCGAGGCGCUGCGCUCCUUAGUGGAGCGAUGCGAAAACAGGUAUCACGUCAUCGACAACAAGAACGAGGACGACGGGAAGCAGGUCGCCGAGCUGCUGGAGAAGAUCAGCGAGGCCGUGGCGGCUGACGGCGGGGGCCACUUCGUCCCAGACCAGGAGGAGCUUCUCAGGAUCCAGGAGAGAAGACUGAGAGUGGAAGAAGCAGCGGAACAAAGGCGGAGCCAAGUCGUGGCCAAAAGAAACGCCCUCCGAGACGCCACUAGCGAGCUUCUGGAGAUCACCAUCGUGAUGCUCGGUCAGAAGACCUCCGGGAAGAGCGCCACAGGAAACCACCUCCUGAGCAAAGAGGUGUUCCCCACCUGCGAGAACAAGACCUGCCAGGUGGCGGAGGGGUCAGUCGCCGGCAGGUCUCUCACCGUCAUCGACACCCCGGGCUGGCGGAAUAAUCCCUCCGCCUGCACCGAAGCGCAGGACAAAGAAAUAGUCCGAGGUCUCUCGCUAAGCCCCCAGGGGGUCCACGCCGUCCUGCUGGCGGUCGCCAUGGACCAGAAGUUCGGAGACGACGAGCAGGCCGCCCUGGAGGCUCACGUGGGCCUCCUGGGCGCCGGCGUCUGGCGGCACGCCGUGGUCCUCCUCACCCACGGGGACAGCCUGGCGGGCCGAUCCGUGGAGGAGCACAUCGAGCUGGAGAGCGGCGCCCUGCGCCGGCUGGUCGAAAGGUGCGAGAAUCGCUACCACGUGGUUAACAACUCCAAAAGGGCGGAGCCGCGUCAGACCGCAGAGCUCUUCCAGAAGAUCGAGGAAAUGGUGGCGGCAAACGGCGGGCAGCUCUUCCACCCCGAGGUGGCCGAGGUCCACCUGAGGAUAGAGGAGAAGUUUGCGAGUACGCGGCUGAAGGAGGUGAUGAGGCGGCGGCUGGAGGCGGAGUUCAGGCAGAGGGAGCUGGAGCUGAUGGAGGGCUUCAAGGAGACGCUCCUCCACCUGCAGGGGAGCGUGAGGAGCAGAUCAAACUCGCUGAGCGUCGUCCAGAAGAAAGUCGGAAAGUCGGAGGAAAGAAUCAACCGGACAAUCUGCCUGGAAAUUGAAAAGCUGGAUAAGGAAAUGAAGAGAAAAUCCUCAGUUGAUGUGCAGAGCAGCAUGGACUUCCUCCUCCCCGAAUUUUCCACAGCGACUCCGGCGUCUCAGGGGGGAAAUCCCUCCCGCCGCUUGGUCAACGUUCUCGGGUGGCUGUCGAAGCUCCAGGUCGGCGAGGAGAACUUCUCCCAGACCUCCGGGUACAGAUCGGAGCUGGACCCCGACCCCAAUGACCUGAACGAAUGAGAGGAUUUAAAAAGUGCAGAAUGUUUGUUCAGAAGCGUCUUCGUUAAAGACGAAUUAACUUUCGUUAACCAUUAGAGCCGUAAACCUGUAUAAUAAAUAAAUAAUCGCUAAACAUAAUUAGAUUUUAUAUAUAUAUAUAUAUAUAUUAUAUUUUGUCCUUUGACGAGAACUUUCUCAUUUUGACUUCCAUAGUUUGGAAUUUUAAUUCCAGGUUGAAGGAUUGUUGGUCUUUAAAUGGUCUGAAUUGGUUUUUAUUCAUAAGGAACCUGCAGAAACAGUUUCAAUUCAACGUUUAUAUUAUUGGGUGAGUUUGAUUUAAAGGUAUCUAAUAAAUGAAUAUAACAAAUUGCAGUUGUGCUCCGGAAAGUAUUUAUUUACAUCUGGAUGAUGUUGUAUCCAUUGUGUUACUGUGUUAAUGUGUUUCCUGUCAUUCUGUUACAGUAAUAAACAAUCAGCAAUCAG